GUUUGUUUACAUCAAACAAAACAAUCGGGAGUUUUGUGAAUGAGAAUAGACGUGAACGUCGGUAUAAAGUGUUAAUUCGUGUAAAUAAAGCGUUUUUUCGUUAAAUUAAAGUGAAAAUUUGUCGUUCGUUUGUUGCGCGAUGUCGAUUUUGUUGGCGGAUAUCGAUGCCACUUGUGCGGCGCUUGGCUACUACGACAACGAUCGUUAUCUGGCCGAGCCGGACGCACUGCAGGGCUUACGGCAUUUGAUAUGGAUUUUGCGACGCGAUUUAGAAAAUCAUGAAUAUCGCCGUCAUUUGGGCCACGCCAAAGUACUGCAAACAGAUUUGGUGCAUAUGCUGCAUGAUUAUGUGGAGAAUGAAGAGUAUGCAGAUGCGCUUGUACGUUUGCUGGUCAUCUUAACAAACCCAACGUUGUUAUUGUAUCGCGAUGGACCACCCAAAGAUUUUCAUAGUCGAAAAGUUUUUAUGGAACUAAUUGAAAUUCUGCAGGGCUAUAAGAGUGCAUUCACGCAAGCCAAAGUUUGGGUGCCACUCUAUGGCAUCAUAAAAAAAGGAUUGGAAAUCGAUUGGGCGAUACGCAGCGAGGAGCAAAGCUUGAUGAUUGAACGCGUCCUUGUGCUGAUACGAAACGUGCUUCAAGUACCAGCCAACCCGGAGGCGGAAUGUCGUGCCGAUAACGAUGCCAGUCUGCAUGACCGAGUUAUCUGGGCGCUGCAUCAAUCGGGCCUCCUGGAUUUGGUGUUGUUCGUGGUGUCAUCGCCGGAUGAGCAUCAGUUUCAUUUGCACGGCUUAGAGAUUUUGUGUCUGCUUUAUCGCGAACAAACAGCCGAAUCCCUGGCGGAUGCAUCGUUACAACGCAGCAUCACCGAGAAGCAACGCGAUGAACAGGAAUUGUUGGCAGCCCGCCGUCGUGAACGUCAACGGUAUCAAGCCAAACCGCCUACAGUGCGCCAUUCACGUUUCGGCGGCACGUAUGUAAUACGGAAUAUGAAAUCCGUGUCGGAUCGCGACAUCAUUUGCCAUCAGCCGUUGGAACGUGUUAUGUCGAUUGAUUUUGAUCGUGAGAAGAAUCAGCAGAAGCGUUCAUUUCGCCACGUUAAGGAGGAGAUAGAGCUGACACGCCGCAGUGCAUUCUCAGUGCGUUUGUGUCUGCGCGAGUUCUGCAUUGAAGUCCUGCGCUCGGCUUACAAUACAUUGGUGCGUCAGGUCAGGCGAGUGUUGGAACGCAAUGCUGGUACGGGCAAUCAUGAUGAUUCGUACCUUUUGUGGGCGAUACGAUUUUUCAUGGAAUUCAAUCGGCUGAGCGGAAUGCAACUGGAGCUGGUGAGUGAGUCGCUGAGUGUGCAAUGCUUCCACUGGGUGUUAACGCGCAUGCAACACGAUAUGGAUAUGAUAAUCAGCGACAAGAAGCAAGCGCGCGUCUGGUCGAAGCGCUUGCAUGUCGCACUACAGACAUUCCGUGAAUUGCUGUUGAGUUUGGUGGCGUUGCAGAGAGUAAAGGACGACCGAGCUUUGGCCCUCUUCGAUAUGCUAUUGAAUAAUGUCUGCUAUGUGCUGGAAUAUCGAGAGACAAUAUUGCAUCUGUUAAUGAACUACAAUGAGGCACACAGUACCAAAGCUUAUCUGCGCGAUGUUAUCGAAACUGCCAAUAUCUUCAUUAAAAUGAUGGAAAAAUUCUGCAAGGACACAGUACUGUUGCAGGAGAAGAAGCGCACUAAGAAUCGCGGUCACAAGCCAAAAGCAAAUAAAAAACCCGAACCUAAACCACAACUCACUGAGGAGGAAUUGUCAACUAAAUGGGCUGAAAUCGCCGCUGAAGUAAGUGAAGCGCUCACCACUGAGGUCCAGUUGCCAGAGGAAGAGCAACCAUUGCCAUUCGAUGCGGCAGCAGAGAAAAGCAUCGAUGAUCAAAAGGAAGACUGUAUGAAGCGUUUGCAUCGGUUUUUGCGCGAUCAGCAAUUUGAAAAGGCGAUUGCGCUACUGCGGGCGGCCAGGUAA